ACGUUGAAGGUGGGCAUGUUUUGAGAAAAAAGAGGCACGUGAUUGUAACAAGUUGAUUUAAAAGUAUUGUACAAGUGGGGUGUGAGGCAGCGCAUCUAAUCUAAAUAUCCAUUAUAUCUUGUUUGUUUUUUGAAUAACAGUCCCUCAACCCCACCCAAACCACCAACUUGCUUCUUAUUCUUCUAAUUAAAUUAAUUGAAAUCAUCAAAUACCAUCUUCCUUCUUCAAUUGUCUAAUUGUCUUAGUCUCCGCACACAGAUUAAUUGAUUGAGAAUUGAAAUCAUCAUCAUCAUCAUGUAUCGUCCACCUUCCUCAUCGGCUUCUUCUUCUUCCUCUUCGUCUCAGCAACAACAGAGCUCCAUCAGUCAAACGGGUCUCACAAGGUAUGGUUCAGCACCUAGCUCUCUCCUCAACACCACGGUGGAUGCCAUCAUAGGAGGAUCACGCCUUCUUCCUGGAACGGGACAACAUUAUUUCUCUGAUGACUCUACCCAGCAGCAACAGCAGCACCACCACCAACAACAACAACAACAGCAGCAGCAGAGAUCUUCUUACGAAGGUCAAGGUGGUGGCUUUGAUGGAUCCGCUUUGCUCCGUCAGAAAAGCUCUCCAGCCGGCUUUCUCAACCAUCUAGCCACUCUCAACCACAAUAACAAUAACAAUAACAAUAACAAUAACGCUGGAGGAGGGUUCACAAUCACGAGGGGCAAUUCAAGAUUGAAGUCUGAAUUGAGUUUUACCGGGGGAGGACAAGAAUGUCUUUCUCGAAUAUCCGAAAAUGUUGUUGAUUAUGCAUCAGCUGCUGCUGCUGCUGGAAAUGGAUCAUUGCAUACUAAUAGUACCAAUACCUGGGGUGGAGGAGGCCCUGAUAAUAACAACAACUCAAAUUCCAUAGUAUUUUCUUCUUCUCAAACCCAAACUAAUAAUAAUAGUAAGAAGCGUUCUAGUAGAACUGACCCCAAUGAUGAUCCGGACCUUCUUCUACAUUGCCUCAAUGCGCUCGAAACUCAGUAUAGUCUCCCACAAACUUCUCUCGAAAUGGACCAGCUUAUGCAUAAUAUUCCCCAAGAUUCUGUCCCUUGUAAAAUCCGUGCCAAGCGUGGAUGUGCCACUCAUCCUCGUAGCAUUGCUGAACGGGAGAGAAGAACUAGAAUAAGUGGCAAGUUGAAGAAGUUGCAGGACCUUGUACCUAACAUGGAUAAGCAAACAAGUUAUUCAGACAUGCUGGAUUUGGCGGUUCAACAUAUCAAAGGUCUUCAAACUCAAGUUCAGAAGCUUCACGAAGACCUUGAGAAUUGCACGUGCGGAUGCAAACAAAGUACAUAAACUUAUUGUGUUUUAUGAGAUUCUAUGGCACUGUGCAUAGAAGUCAAGGUUUUGAUGGAAACUGAUUUUUGUACCUUCCAACUUUAAAAGAAUAACGAAGGAAAUUGUACAUACAACGUAUGUUGUAAUCUACCUGUGGUAGACGUAGUCUAGAAAUAUCUAUUCCUUUUCAAAAUUUGAUAGCUAUAUUUGAAAGUAGAGGUUGAUUUUUGGAUUGUUUCUUGUUUGGGUACGUGUGAUGCAAUGAAUAACUUAUUCUUAUGGAAUCAAAAGAAUAGAAGCGAGAGCGGGACUAGUUAGAGAUCUGGAAUAAAUCAAGCAAUCCUGUUUA